AUGGCGUUCACCUACAACAAACUGGAAAUGGCUACCUUGGACGCCUACGAAAUUGCGACCAUGACCUCUUGGACCUCUGGCGACCUCAGCAACUCGACUGAAAACGCCACGAGCAAAGUGUUCGAACGAGACGAGGACCUGGCGAAAGUCGAGAUAGCGGUGCAGGCCGUCAUCCUGUACCUGGCGUUGUUCGGCAAUAUCUUCGUCCUCGUCGUUCUCCGGGUCCGGAAACAGAAAAUGACCCGGAUGCAGUGGUUCAUCGUGCACCUGAGCCUGGCGGACAUCUUCGUGGCCAUCUUUAACGUGUUGCCGCAGCUCAUUUGGGACAUCACGUACCGUUUCUAUGGCAACGAUUUCCUCUGUCGCUUCGUGAAGUAUUUCCAAGUGGUGGCGAUGUACGGGUCGUCGUACGUGCUGGUGAUGACGGCGAUCGACCGGUACACGUCGAUAUGCCACCCGCUCACCAGCCAUAUAUGGACGCCCAAGAGAGUUCACCUCAUGGUCCUUGCCGCAUGGGUUCUCUCCCUUUUGUUCUCCACGCCGCAGCUGUUUAUUUUCAGUUACACCGAGGUCGCCGAAGAAUCCGGCGUCUACGAUUGCUGGGCGAUGUUCGAACCGGGCUGGACGGACAAGCUGUACACCGUGUGGAUCUGUCUGUCCAUCUACGUCGUGCCCAUUCUCUUUCUGUCCGUCUGCUACGGAAGGAUAUAUCACGUGGUCUGGCUGAGCGCCACAUUCAAGGAGACUGACGUCACGGCGCCGGGAAAACACAAAAGCAUCUUGUUGAAGAUUCCAUUCCGAAAGACGCAGCGAUCGACAAAUCAUCUUGGAGACGAGGAAGAUUUCCGAGGUCCAAAGUUGAGGGGUCUCAACCCCAGAGGUCAUACGAAAUCCACGUCCAAAUCCAAGGUCAAAACGAUAAAAAUGACCUUGACCGUGGUACUGUGUUACGUCUUAUGUUGGAUGCCAUUUUUCUUUGCUCAAAUGUGGUUUGCUUUUGAUCCGACGCCACCGAUUACAAGUGCUGCCAUGGUGAUCAUCAUUCUCUUGGCCAGUCUCAACAGCUGUACCAACCCCUGGAUCUAUCUGGCAUUCAGCGGGCGCGUGUGCGGCCGGAAACAGAUGCGAAAGAUGUCCAGGUCAUGGACGCAGUCGACAAACGUCACGCACAUGGUCGACACGGAUAUCCGGUCCAGAUCUUCGACCUUUGACAUGGGAUUCAGGCCCAGCCGUGACCUCACUUCCUCUUCUAGAUUGUCCAGCACAAGUCCGUGUUGA